UCGAGUGCUUCGUCGUGCGUCGGCCGAAGCGGUUGCACUUGAAAUACGUGAAAUAAUCGCAAAAAAAAGUGAAUUUAACAAAAAAGAAAAUUUCAAAAAAAAAAUUGUAAAAAUUAAGAAAUCAUGAAAAAUGUAGUGCGAAACAGCAAUAAUAACAACAAAUGAUUGCCUGUCAAGCAAGCAGACCUUCCGUUGGUGCUCGUGGUCCCAUUCAAUAAAAACCAAGCCAUUCAGCUUCAUCGCUUUUCUAACGGCUUCGCUGCACUACAGCUUGGUCUGAUUCGUUUAAUAUCGCGCACUUUUUACAAUUAUUGUUUUUGUUUUUCAUUUUGUUUCCGUUGCUAUGUACAACAGUUGUUGACUGAAGUCGUGCGCUUUGUGACUUUCGGUCUUUUCAACUUCAACAACACUGCCACCACGAACACCAUCACCAACUGCUGUCGCCAUACAUAGCUGUCAUUGAGCGCAGAUGAAGAAGAAGCAGAAGAAGAGAAAAAAAAGAAGUUCUGUGCAUAUAUAUAGUAAACAAAAAACCGUGAUAAGUGGUUAAUCGUUUCUUAAUCGAGCGCGAGUGCGUACGUAAAAGUUUCUGCGCUGUAACGGUUUUUUGUUAUUUGACAAAUAUUUAUUUAGUGCCAAUUUUCAAGUUGGCUAGGGCAUUCCGUUCGUUUGUGUGUAUAUGAGUGUGAAACUUAAUUUUUGACAUAUGCAAUAUAUAUAUAUAUAUAAAUCAGUACCUGCCUGAAAGUGGCAGUUGACUGCCAUUGUUGUUGUGCAAACUAAUAUUUGCAUAAUUUUUUUUUACAAAAAAAAAAAAACUGAAAAAACGAAUUUGAAUUCUGGUGUCUGUCAAUAUUUGUGAAUUUAAUUUGUGUAAAUAUUUGUAUAAAAAACAAUUCUCUUGAAUGUACACAUUUCCGUGAGAGUAUGUAGGUGAGCGUAUGUGCACGCGGCCAUCUGUGUGUUGAACGAUUUUGACUUUAAUGCUGUGAUUUGGUAUAAAAGAAAUAACAACAUAAAAAGGUGUUCCAACAUUAUUUUAGCCACAAUGAAUACCACAUCGCCGAAGUCCUCACUAGCUAAAUUGGGUAUACACACCACAAAACAUAAAUCGCUAAAAGUGAUGGUAAUGGGACAGAGCGGGGUUGGUAAAUCAGCCAUGGUUGUGCGAUUUAUAACGCGACGUUUCAUUGGCGAAUAUGAUCCUAACCUAGAAAAGAUCUAUACACAUAGUACAACAUUUGAUAAUGAACUCAUACAGUUUGAUGUGUUAGAUGCAGCUGGACAGCCGAAUAAAGAGGACUGCGUCAGUUUAGAUGCGAACAUACGUUGGGCCGACGCAUUCAUACUGAUGUACUCGGUAACGGAUAAAUGUAGUUUUGAUGAGUGCAAUCGACUGAAAUUCUUAAUACAUUACUAUAAAAGACGACGUAAGCUGGGUUCGAAUAAUAAGGAUUCACUCUCGGAUGUGCCAGUCAUUUUUGUAGGCAACAAAACUGAUCAGGCUGGUGAUCGCAUGGUUAGCUUAGAGGAGGGUCAACGGCGUUCACGAGAUCUUGAAUGUGCUUCUUUUCAUGAGAUCUCUGUGAGGGAGAGUAUUGAUCAAGUUCAAGCUGUAUUUCGUGAUGUAUUCCGCUUUUGGCGCGUCCUCAGCAAGUUCUCCAAACUGAAACGUUCCACCAGCGAUGUACAAAAUGUAUCAGAUUCCGCGCUAAGUCCUGACUCAGGUUGCUCGUUUUAUGAUUCCUCAGCGAACGAGACGCGUAGAUCUUUUUUCAUAAUAGGUAAAGCCUGUUUGGAGGAGAAUGAUCACACCGAAUCCACCGAUGAGCUGGGCACGGGUAGCUUGUGCAGUUCUCGUAGUAACAUCGAUACACCAUUUCGUAGUCGAGCUUCAACGGAUGGCACGCUUUUAUCGCGACCACGUCGUUGGCGCUAUCCACCGCCUGGUUGUUUAAUGCCGCACACAAAUCGUGUUGAGCGUCGCAUGAGUAUCUCAGCUCGUGGCAGUAAUGCGAGCUAUUAA